AUGAAAGGAAAGGUGGAAUUCGAAAUGAUCAAGUCUACUACUCCACAGAAAGGGAAUGACACAUUCCGCCUCAUCAUCCAAUACUUAAAUUCAAGCUUUGGUGUCGAUUUCCCCAUACACUACCGGUCGCCUGAGAAGUCGGAAGGGAGAAAUCUCCAAUUAGAAGGCCUCAAAGUUAUUCGCCAACUCUUUUGCCGUGACCAAGACAGACUCAACGGAGUGAUAAUCGAUUUCGAGGAAUGGGUUGCUGGACGAACAUCACCUAUCGCUGUCGCUUUCGCAACCACGGUACGAAGCGGGUCGGCCAGGGGAACUCGGGGUCGGCAGCGGAGCGAAGAGCCCCAAUUUUUGAGCGAUGACGAGAAAGAUGCCCGAAUGAGGUACCUCAUUGAUUUGAUCAAUGACCAGUUGUACUUCCUCAAUGACGGGGUCAAACAGGGACCGCAAGUGGAGGUGGAGGAGAGGGACGUGUCUCCAAAGAGAAGGAGACUGACCGAGGAUGAGGAAUUUCACACAGCGCCUACUUCACCGACGACAUUGAAUGAUGAGAACGCAAUGCCGCUGCCGAAACUUGAUCUUGAUCGCGUGAACGUGUCGCUUCGGCCGAAUGAACAGUCUGACCCUAGCAAAGGGAUGAGUUUUCUCGAGAAACUCAAACUCGCACAACAGAAUCAGACUCGAUCGGUUUAUUCUAUCCACGAUAAUGUGGCGACUAGCUUUUCGACUGUUGGGAACUCGGUAUUUUCUUCUCAUGUUGGGCGGUCUUUCGAUACUGAAAUCACCGACGUAACGGAUACCCAAUCAACCUUUGCUGACUCGGUGGUCGAAAGCUUCCUACUGGAAGCGGGGAAUUCAUGCGUCGAUCCAAGUCCAAGUGCCCGAGACAUGAUCGUUAACAUACUGCGACAGCUUGGACCGUUCUCGUGGGAGCAGACAUUCCCUGAGACCAUUCCCCUGCGAUAUCGCUAUGAACUGGAGCGAGUAGCACGAGCAUGGGACGUCCCUUUUGCAAAGAUUUUCCCAAGGCAUGUGCUUUUCAAAUGUCCCGCUGAACUAUGGUCAUUCUUCGCACAGCACAGCGAGCGACAAGGGAAACCCAUGCCUGAAAAAGCAUCACCAAGAGCAUGGGAUGCAGCAAUUGGGGACUUUAAAACAGACCGCAAUUCAGAAGUGGUGGUCAUGACAGGUGAACUGGGCUGGAUCCCUUUAAAAGAGGGGAUUUUCAAAUUAAAACUAAACCCUCUCAAAGUGGACAGAACAUGUCGUUUCCAUCGCCGGUUUGGUUCAGAUCGAUUCUUGUCUCUUACUGUUCCUGCCCCGGCUCGUCCUCCGCGUGAUAUUGGAUCACCUUCUCAGCCUAAUCUUCUACAUGACAGUAUGGCCGAGUGGCUUACACGUACGGAUCACCAAUGUCUAGGACGAACAUGGCGGGCAUUUUUCGUCGAAGAGAUUAAAAGUAAAAGUAAAAAGAAACCCGAGCCGCGUUUGCGCGUGGAAUUCUUUGCUGUUGAUGGGAUCGACUUUCGUUUUGCUUCGUCUAUGUCUCUUGCGCCACCUGAAGAAUCCAGCGAUGCACAUACCCCGAUGAGUGUACAGGAUCUCCUGGAAUGGCAUAUGCCGACCGCUUACAAUGGUGACCAAAAUAAUUGUAAGUUCUUCCAACGCAUUUCUCUUGGGCUGUCUAAGACAUUUGCUUCGGUGAUGUUAAAGCCUACACAAGUUUUACACCUGAGAAAUGAUCCCAAAUGGGAACGUGUGAUGAACGAUGGUUGCGCGCUUAUGUCCCGAGCAUUGGCGAUCAGAAUAUGUAAGGUACUGGGUAUUGCUGGAUAUACACCCAGUGCGUUCCAGGGGCGAGUUGCUGGUGCAAAGGGUCUGUGGAUGGUGGAUCAACCGCAAUCGAAACAUCAAAGUUUCUCUGAAAACGAUGGAGAUGAUGUUUGGAUCGAGAUAUCAGACUCGCAGUUAAAGAUCCGCCCCCAUCCCCAACAUUGGAGAGAGUACGAUGAGGAGAAGUUGACUUUUGAAGUGGUGAAUUGGUCCAAGUCUUUACGUCCCGUUGGACUGAAUACCCAGAUCCUGACUAUCCUGGAUUACGGCGCGCAUGUGAAGGAAUACAUCGCCGACCUUACGCGGAAGGGCUUCGAAGAUCUGGCCAAACGUCUCGAGGAAGUUCUCGACUCCGACAGCCCUGUCCUCUGUCGCGCAUUCGUACAGAAGAUGAAACCAACAGGCGAGGGGGCGAAAAGCUUCCGACAACCUGAUCAGUGGAUAGUGGAUGAUGCUGAGCAUAUCAUCCGUCUUGUAGAAGCAGGCUUUGGCCCUCAAAGCUUCUUUCCGCUUCGAAAGGCCCUGCACAGACUAUUCAGGCACACCUUGGAGUCCCAAGUCGAGCGACUUCAUAUCGAGGUACCGUUAUCGACAUAUGCAUACUGCAUAGCUGAUCCUUUAGGCGUUUUGGAGCCAGGAGAAGUGCAUUUUGCUUUUUCGACCAAUUGGCGCGAUGCGGAUGGGAACUUCCAGCGAACGCAUCUGAUGGAUAUGGACGUCUUGGUCGGACGUUUACCCGCGCAUGUCCCGUCUGAUAUCCAGCGACGCCGAGCUGUGUAUAAGCAUGAGCUGGCGCAUUUUCAAGAUAUCAUUGUCUUCUCAUCGAAAGGGGAUGUGCCACUAGCUCACAUGCUAUCUGGCGGAGAUUACGAUGGUGAUACACCAUGGAUCUGUUGGGAUCCUAUGAUCGUGGAUUCUUUCCAGAACUCCGAUAUGUCGGAUAUGGAACUCCCGGCAAAACACUUUGGGCUGACGGAAUACAAUAAGUCUAUGGCUGAUAUGCAUUCCACGGAGGAUUUUCUACAAGGCGCGUUCGAGUUCAAUCUGCACAUAUCACUUCUUGGUCGAUGUACUAUUGAGCAUGAGAAAAUUGCCUAUGAUGAGUCGAUUGAUGGUUCGAAAGCGAAGGAGCUCGCCUGUCUACUGAGUCACCUUGUCGAUGGACGCAAAAGCGGCGUGUUGUUAUCUGAAGAGGCAUGGAAAACCUAUCGGAACUCGAUCCGCCCCCGGCCGCGCUUAUGGCCAGCAUACCGAGAAAAGAGUCGAAGGCCAAAGCGAACUAAUAUUGUGGAUUAUCUCAAGUUCUUCGUUGCCGAAAACCUGUGUAAAAAGAUCCUCACAAACAUGGAGGCCAAGUAUCCCAUGGGACAAGGCUUCGAACACACCGACCAAGAUCUCGCCCGCCCAUGGCACGAAGCCCAAAUCCGCGCGGGAAACGAGCGCAACGGCGAUCUGCAACAAGUUCUCAAAGAGAUCUCCUCGUCAAUCGAAGCAAAAAAAACUGCUUGGCUUGACAUGAGGACGGAAAACGACAAAUAUGCCUUCCGUGCUCAGCAGGCCGUAGACCUCAUCAGCACUCUCAAGCCACCACAAUCCUCCCACCCGCUCGUCCACACAUGGCAAAACAGUCCCCGGGAAUGGCGCCGUCUGCUUGCCUCGUGUACUUACGACCGAUACCGGGACAAAAAUGUCUUCCCCUGGUUUGCGUUCGGGGAUACACUUUGCGAGCUCAAAGCUGAGACCUUACCGUCGCGCAGCAUGACUACUACCAUUUACUCCUGCUAUAAGCUGAAUCAGAAAAUGGUCGCUAGUUUGACGGCCAGCGAACUCGCUGCGAGUACAGUGGAGAGCGGCUUCGGUGGUGAUGAGUAUGAAGGUGAAGAUGCUAUCGAGGCACUACUGAUGGGCGAUGAUGUGGGGUACUUUGAUGGAUUGGAGGAUGGAUUGUCCAUCCAAUAG